AUGGUCAACCAACGUGCUGCCACGAUCCCCGCCAAUGCUGGUCCUUCCAAUUGGGUUGAGACCACAGAGAUUGCGAUUCCUGAGCCACCAGCCGGCAAGAUCGUCGUGAAGACUGUUGCCUACGCUGCGAACCCAACAGACUGGAAACAUGUCGAGUUCCAGCAAUCACACACGGGCGACAUCGCAGGCUCCGAUGCCUCGGGUAUUGUCUACAAAGUUGGUGAGGGCGUCACAGACUUCCAAGUUGGCGAUGUUGUCUCCACUUUCUCCCACGGCAAUUUUCUCCAUGACAGAGGCUGCUUUGCCGAGUACAUCAUUGGCGAUGUUGAGACCACGAUCAAAUACCCACAUGGUGAUGAAUUCCCUGCUGAGAAGUUGCCAGUGGGCGAGUACAGAUCAGGUGCUAUCGACACCUUUGAAGGAGCCGCAUCUGUUACACUGGGACUGACCACUGUGGUGCUGUCGCUUGUGGGCAAUUUGAACAUUGACCCAGCCGUGGACCAUUCCGAUGAGUACUUGCUCGUCUGGGGAGGUGCCACUGCCACAGGAAUCCUUGCCAUCCAAGUGGCCAAGUUGGGAUUGGGUAUCAAAGUUGUCACGGUGGCUUCCAAGAAGCACACCGAGUACUUGAAAACAUUGGGCGCAGAUGUGGUUGUUGAUUAUCACGAUGAGGAUGCCAUUGCUCAGAUUCGUGCAGCUACUAAGGGUGCCAUCAAGUAUGCCUUGGACACAGUGGCCCAGCCAGAGACGUGGCAAUCAGUGUACGAUGCUACAAGGGACUCUGAGAAGGCAUCACUGGAUAACUUGUUGAUGUUACCACUGUCAUCAAUCAAGCAAGACGACCGUGAUCCAGCUAGCACCACUGUUGCUCCCUCCACAUUGGCAUAUGUGGCCAAUGGUGAAGACGUUGAGCUGUUUGGAGCUGUGAUGAGCCCAGAUGCCUCUAUUCUUUCCCGUUACAACAACUUCUGGAAGUCCAAACUCCCUUCGCUGAUUCCAAACUUGAAACAUGCCCAAUUGAAGGUUUUGGCUCCUGGCUUCAACAGUGCCAAUGAGGCAUUCGACCUGUUGAGAGAUGGUAAGGUCUCUGCUGAGAAAGUUGUCUUUUCUUUGUAA